GGGUCAGGAGAAAUUAUUAAAGGGGCGGGGAAAUUAUUAUGUAGAGGAGGAGGGGGCAAUUAUUUGAGGGAUUGCAACAUAAUCAAGUUAUUUAUAGGGAAUAUGGAGGAGAAUUAUCGUUGGUAUCUAUAUAAAGAAUUACUUGGUCUCAAUUAUGAGAUUAUUAAUGAUGAUCUGGAAAAUGGGGAAAAUAAAGAAAUAGAAACAAGAAGCAACGAUCAAGAUAUUAAUCUCGAAAUUAGACUGGCAAAAUCACUUUUAUUUAACAAAUUGGUUACAUACGAGGAAACCUUGAUAUUAACUUUGCGUCACGCUAAUAAUGAUGUAUUAAAAAUAAUACUACAAUUAAUUGGGAAUAUUAAAUAUUAUAUUUAUAUGACAUUGCCUCAUUUAUGCUCCCUAAAUAUUUUGGUUGAAGCCAUAAACUUGUUUAAAAACAAAAUAUUUGAUUUGGUCGUAAAAGACGAUUGGGAUAAAAUAAUAGCUUUAUUAGGGAAUAGUAUAACAAUGAAAGACUUAAAUGAUGAUGAUGAGCUUAAAGCAAGGAUAAGACAAUACAGAGAAAUUCUUAGAGAAGAGCAUAUCAGAUAUUUAUCUGAUAAAAUUGAAAAGGAUCCGGAACUGAGAAAAAGAUUGACGAAUGAGCUUGGCCAUAAAAUCAGGAUAUCUUAUUUGUUAGACGAUGAUAAAGAAUACAGAAAAUUUUGUGAUAAGUUUGGACUUAUUGACUACAAAAUUUAUCGAAGUAAAGAACAAUUAGCAAACCACUAUCAAGCCUCAUUGGGCACAAGAAAUCGUAUGAUAAAAGGAAAAAAUCAGUUAUCUGCACAUUUAUUUGUGUGGUAUACAUGGAUGGAUAAUAAAAUUCAUGAAAAAUGUUGCAAUAGACGUGGAAAGAAUCAAACAUGGGGAUGUUGUAAAAUUAGAAAUCAAAUAAAGACGGCAUGGGAAAGCUCUAAACUUAAAAUUCAUAGACGAUAUGACACAAUAUUUUACAUUGAUAAUACUUUUGAAUUAGCUGAUGGGAUCCAUAUGUUUUUAGGGUGGUUCGAAGCUCAAAAAUAUUUAUUGGAGUUAAAAAUGUCAGAAAGUGUGGAUCCUGGUCAGAAGGUAUGCAAAUGUAUUAAAGCUUAA